CGCCCCGCCACCCCCGGCGGAGCGGCUGCUGAGCAGCUUGUUCUGAGCCCUGACUGCCAAUAAAGUUCGUUAAAAAAUCGUAGUCAUUCUUAAAAGAGCAAAAGAGGGCGCGAUCCAGCCGGGCGGUCCCGCUGGGGGAGCUGGCGCGCUGGGAGGAGGCGGCGGCAGCGGCAGCGGUUGCGCCGCGACGCGGACGAGCGGGUCAGUCGGGCGGCGGGUCGGUGCAGGCAGGGGAAGAGUGGCUGUAUCUUUUUGCAUUUCUCACAAGUACCAGUUGUUCGGCAUCCUCUCUAGCACUUGAUUUUCUCGGUGUUUUUUUAAUGUAACCAUUCUGACAGAUUUGAGAAAGAAGAUCUGAUCACCUGGAACUAAAGUUGGUAUAGAAAUUUCAACUCCAAAAAUGUUGGAGGAAGAUAUGGAAGUGGCCAUCAAGAUGGUGGUUGUAGGGAAUGGAGCAGUUGGGAAGUCAAGUAUGAUUCAGCGAUACUGCAAAGGCAUUUUUACAAAAGACUAUAAGAAAACCAUUGGAGUUGAUUUUUUGGAACGACAAAUCCAAGUUAAUGAUGAAGAUGUCAGACUAAUGUUAUGGGAUACAGCAGGUCAAGAGGAAUUUGAUGCAAUAACAAAGGCUUACUAUCGAGGAGCCCAGGCUUGUGUGCUUGUAUUUUCUACCACAGACAGGGAAUCUUUUGAAGCAAUUUCCAGUUGGAGAGAGAAAGUAGUAGCUGAAGUUGGAGAUAUACCAACUGUACUUGUACAAAAUAAGAUUGAUCUCUUGGAUGAUUCUUGUAUAAAGAAUGAGGAAGCUGAGGCACUGGCAAAAAAGUUAAAGCUAAGAUUCUACAGAACAUCAGUGAAAGAAGAUCUAAAUGUGAAUGAAGUUUUUAAAUAUUUGGCUGAAAAAUACCUUCAAAAACUCAAACAGCAGAUAGCUGAGGAUCCAGAACUAAUGCAUUCAAAUAGUAACAAAAUUGGUGUCUUUAAUACGUCUGGUGGAAGUCACUUGGGUCAGAAUUCAAGUACACUUAAUGGUGGAGAUGUCAUCAAUCUUAGACCCAACAAACAGAGGACCAAGAAAAACAGAAAUCCAUUUAGCGGUUGUAGCAUACCCUAAAGUGUUUUAGGGAGAAAAAAAAUUAUAUUGUGCAAUUCAAUAAGGAAUCCAAUCCGGCUGCCCUGGUAUGUCUUAAGUUUUUUUUGAAGACUUUGCACCUGAUGGCUUUCUGAAAGUUGACAGACUAAAUGUUCUACAGUGUUUUUCAGAAUGGAGUGAGAUCUUUGGUGGAAAAUUACUGCCCUGUUGGACUCAUUUAAAAAUUUUUUUUACAUUAGACGAAGCUUCUCCUGUUUUUGAAGGAAUGCUGUAAGAAAUGUCAAAAACAGGUCUAGCUGAAUUUUAAAUGCUGGAAAACAAAUGAAAUGCCUAAAUAUGUAGGUACAAAUUUUAAUACUAUAGAUCAAGGAAAGACAGCAAGCAUUAUUUUUCUGAAAUUGGUCAGAGAACUUUUUUGGAAGAUAGUAUUGAAACUGAAUACUUACAAAAAAUAUAGAAAGAUAAACCCUAAAUCUUGCCAGACUGCACUUGUGUGUUUGGCGAUGUUACUUGUGCAAUAUCUGUGUAAUGCAGAAUGAGGAGGAGGUAUGCAUGCAGGUAUCCGGUACUGAAGAAAAGUGAGUGCGUGUGCAGUAUUUAAGGAAACAGAAUCUAAUUUGUUCAUUCAUAAAACCCUUUACACAUGUGUGUAUGGUAAAAGUUUUUAUUUUCAAAUAAAAAAUUCUAGACAUAUAUUUUGCAAAAUGAGCUUGGAUUUAAAAAAGUGCUUUGUGCCAAAAAUACCAUGCCUAAUUUUUACAGUGCUUUACUAUCAGAAUUUGUAUUGUUUAUACUAUCCUUUAAGGUAGUUUUCCUCUGUGACAGGGUAGAUAAAAGAGGAGUAUGAAUGUUUUAAUGCUAGUGCAUCUCCCAGAUGAGAUUUGUUACAAAGUCAUUUUUCAUAUGUAUAUCCCGAAGUCCCUGUGAAGAUACACAGCACAUCUGCAGUUACCCUUCGUGCUAGGAAGUGCAGUGGUGCAUCCAGUACCUUUUGCUGCUGACUGAAAAUGCAAUUUCGAACUUUCUAGGAUUAUGCUAACAAUCUUUUAAAAUGCACAAGAGAUGGUUUUUGCCUUAGUCCACAUUAUGGAUUUUAUAAUACCCUCUAACACUAAAGCAUCUUUUGUUUACAUAUUUUAUAUGGUAUUUUAAGAUUAUCACUUAAAAAUUUCUAUGACCUUCAGUUUAUAGAGCACCUUCUCGAGAGCUCUGUCAGCACCAAAUACAAAAAGAAUUUAUUAAAAGACUUUAGUAAGUAGUCAGUCAUGUGACAGAGCAUAAAUGUGAUUUGGGUCAGUAGCUUUCCAGCUAAGAUACUGUAUGAACUGUUAAAACUGGUCAUCAUCCAUCAGUGACUUUAUUUUUAACCCUUUUCAAUAUACCUAGUUUUUACAGAUUUUCAAAAUAAUGUUAAAAUAACUCUUCUUGGAAAAUGUGUCAUAGUCAUUUUUCAUUAUCUGUACUAAAUGCAUGUUUUGUGUUUCUUUUAUAUAUUUUUUAAGACUUCCAUCUGCGCCACCCUUACCUCCCUGUCCAUACUAACAAUGAGAACACAAUAGAAUUUCCAGGGUGUGUUCUUGUUAUGUGGUCAAGAGUGACAUUUGCUUUUCAUAAUACUGCAUAAUCUGGAAUCAGCUAUUUCAAAGUCAUAUAAAAUGUCUAUUUUUCUGUCGCCACUCCCAUUGCUGGCAGUGGGAUAUGUGUUGGGGGAAAAGCUCAGCUCCUAACAAAUGAGUAUUUGCUAGUGAAUCAUCUUUUUUUUAUUUUUUGAAAUAUAGUCUCUUUAAUUUUUGCGCAAAAUAUGUUUUGUGGCAAAUUGUCUUAAGGACUUUAGUGGUGGGAGAAAAUCACAGUAUGUAAUAUGUUGCAGUUCUAUUUCAUAUUAAUUAAAUGGUAUGAGUGAGUUUGUUACUUUUCUAGAUAAAAAAAAAUGUAACCUCUGAAUGAUGUUUGCAACUUCCCUGAUAUUUGUAAUAUAACUUUAUGUACUUAAUUAUGUCCUAAUUUCUUUGUAAGACCUGAAGAGUGAUUUUGUUACACAUUUGAAUUUUAAUUUGUAUUUCUGUAUUUUAAAUGUAAUUAUAAUUAGUAAUUUAAAAUAAUUAAGCCUGAAAAUCAUUCA